AUUCUUUUCUCUUUGUUAGUGUUUGUUAAUCGUUUGGAAGGUGUCCGAAACGUUGGACUUUUGUCCCGAAUUGAUGUUUUAUUACUUUCACUCUUAGUGAGAGCUUCAAGUUUAUAUGCUAAUUACAACAUAUAAUAUACAAUGCGCAAAUUUGGAGUGUUUUUAGUAUCGCCGUUGGCAAUUCUGCUCUCUCUCCGUUUUGUUCCAACGCGUUGGAUGGUGGGUGAAAAUUUUAAAUAUGAAGCUAGCACGCAUAUGAUACUUUGUGCUGGCAGAAGUGAUGGCCAGAAUGCCCAGUGUAGGGGAGAAUAGUGCUUUGCUUUGUAAAUCUCUCGGCUCUGUUGUAGCUGCUAAUCUUGUUACCUGUAAGAAAGGGGGCCAGUCAGACACCAAACUUGGGGUACUGGACUGCUUGUCAGAUCCUCUCACUGUGUUAGUAUCACCAAGUGAAGAGAAAGAGGUAGAGCAACUGCAGAGUAGUGAGGAUGACGAGAGCCUCAUCGUAAGUUCUGCAGCUGCUGGUGUAUCUUUCAACAGCAGUACCACUCUCACAGCUGUUACUUUGGCUGAUGGUACCCAGGCAUUUGUAGCGGAGGACAUCAAUCUAGAUGCAGAUGGGCUGGAAACAGAAACACUGGAGUUGGAAGAUGGGAGCACCUUGUUGAUUCAGGAGAUUCCAAAAUUCUUAGAUGGACACACUGUUCAGCUGGAAGAUGGCACCACUGCAUUUGUGCAUCCCAGCAUCAAAGCUGGAGAAAGCUUCCAGCCAGUGGAGCUGGAAGAUGGCUCCACUGCAUUCAUUGCUUUAAAUGGAUCAGUAUUGGAUGCUUUGAGUCUUGAGGGAUUUGCUGCACUGGGCAGCGAGAGCCUUAAACAGUCUUCUGCAUCAUCUGUUGUUGCUGGUGGCAGGGCAGAAGAUGAAAGUGGCGAGCUUUGCGUGCGUGAUCGCGCAAAAAGCUUCAUGUGCCCCCAUGAAGGUUGUGGAAAAUUAUACACUACACUACACCACCUGAAGGUUCAUGAGCGUGCACAUACAGGUGAUCGUCCAUUCCGUUGCACAGAAUCUGGCUGCGACAAAGCUUUUGCAACAGGUUACGGUCGGAAGGCUCAUGUUAGGACUCAUACUGGGGAGAAACCCUAUAAGUGCCCUGAGGAAACAUGUGGAAAAAGCUUCAAGACAUCGGGCGACCUCCAAAAGCAUGUUCGCACACAUACAGGAGAACGUCCAUUCCAGUGUCCUAUUCCUGGCUGUGGGCGAUCUUUCACGACAUCAAACAUUCGGAAGGUUCACGUGCGCACACAUACAGGGGAACGUCCGUACGUAUGUCCCGAGGAAGGCUGUGAUCGAGCAUUUGCUUCAGCUACAAAUUAUAAGAACCAUCUUCGCAUCCACAGUGGUGAAAAACCCUAUGUCUGCACUGUACAGGGAUGUGUGAAGAGAUUCACUGAAUAUUCUUCACUCUAUAAGCACCACAUGGUGCACUCCCAGCAGAAGCCAUACUACUGUUCGUUGUGUGCCCGUCACUACCGCCAGGCCUCGACCCUGACGAUGCACAAGCGUACAGCGCACGGAAUUGUUGAAGCGGAUGACGGUACCGAGAUUGUGCUUGGUGAAACAGUGUUUGCCCUGGCUAAUGCUACAUCUGGUUCUGCGGGAAGUAAAAGGGUCAGCUCUCUUGGCACAAAUUUACUAGGACUGAAGGAUGGUAACACACUGGUGGCACUGCAGACCUCGGACGGUUCUUGUCCGCUGGAGAACGUUUCAUCGGGACAGUUCCUGGUUGUUGCGGACCCGGCCCAGCUUGCUGCUUUGGAGCAACUUGGAAUGACGGCAACACAAGUGGACGAAACAGACGAUUUGGAUAUGACCGAGGAUGCAUCAUCAGAUGGUAGCAUAUUACCAAUUUAAAUCCUUCCCAGCUGUGAGACAUGGAUACAAUAAGACACAUAUGCUGGGGCAGAGAGUGCAAGACGUAAUUCUUCUAUUUAUUAGCUGGAAAUGGUUUGUGACUUUGUGACUUGAUGUUAAACCAAUGUAUGUUACUUUUAGUGUUAAACUUCUGCAAUGUUUAACUGGAAUAAAGUUGUGCCAAAACUUUCUGAUGGUUGAUAAAAAAAAGUGAUACAUUUUAGCGUGUUUAAAAUAUAUAUGUCGGUGAAAGACAAGUUUUAUCAUAGCGUGUGUGUUUGCCAGGUGAUGAUCCUGUAAUGUCCUGUUUCAAAUGGCAAGUAUAUUAAAAUGCUGAUUAUGUAUGCAA